AUGUCAAUCCUUUCGCUUAUAAAGACCAGAAAACUUAUUAACUACCGGUCGAUUAUCAGCGUCGGAGUAAUUAAACGUAUUCAGGCAGUUAUGUGGUCAUGUCUAGGACACUUCAUCGCUGCUAUCCACUCAGGAGCUGAGAUAUGGCGCGAUUAUAUGACUUCGGCGACUGGGAAAGUAGUCCCCGAAAUGCAUGGCCUUUUCCGCCCGGAAUUAAACUGGAAAACGGAUGGGCGUUAUUGUUUGCACCUGAUAAAGACAAUGCGUAUGUGUCGCGAGAUGCUGAGAAAGGAAUCCAUCCAAUUGGCAGAAUUUGACAACAACAACCAGCGGCGUAGCAAGGACGCACAAGCGGAUGAACGAACAUCUGUGCAUAUAUGUCAGAAAUGUUGGCCAAUCCACAAGGAGGCACUUAUCAGAACCAAAUUAAUAAGUGUCCAACCUUCCUCAGCCCCCGCGGAUCCGCGGAUCGAAGGUUCCAGGACACGUAUUACAAAGUCUCAAGGGAUGUGA